AUGGCAUUUGGGCUGCCCCGCGCCGCGGCGGCGGUGGUGACGCUGGUGCUCGGCCUCGCCGCGGCGUCGGCCGUGGCGGACGACGUGGAGAUGGUGUUCCUGAAAAGCGCGGUGGCCAAAGGAGCAGCAGUGUGCCUGGAUGGGAGCGCCCCGGUGUACCACUUCUCCCCGGGCUCCGGCUCCGGCGCCAACAACUGGAUUGUUCACAUGGAGGGAGGAGGGUGGUGCAAGACCCCUGAGGAGUGUGUGAUCCGGAAGGGCAACUUCAGGGGCUCCUCCAAGUUCAUGAAGCCACUCUCCUUCUCAGGAAUCCUAGGAGGCAGCCAGCAAUUCAAUCCCGAUUUCUACAACUGGAACAGAGUCAAGGUCAGAUACUGCGACGGCUCGUCGUUUACCGGCGAUGUUGAAGAAGUGGACCCUAAGACGAACCUGCACUUCAGAGGGGCCAGAGUUUGGGACGCCAUCAUCGAAGAUCUGCUUAACAAGGGGAUGAGCAAAGCAAAGAAUGCUAUUCUUUCUGGAUGCUCAGCCGGAGGUCUAUCGGCAAUACUGCAUUGUGACAAAUUCAAAGACCUCCUUCCACCGUCGGCAUUCGUAAAAUGCGUUUCUGAUGCCGGUUAUUUUAUUGAUGGGACGGAUAUUACCGGCAACAAGUUUGUCAGAACAUCCUUUAAGAGCGUUGCAACCCUACAUGGAUCGAUUAAAAAUUUGCCAUCUUCAUGUACCUCGAGGGUAUCACCUGAGCUGUGCUUCUUCCCGCAGCAUGUCCUCCCAACAAUGAAAACGCCGCUAUUCAUACUUAAUGCGGCGUAUGAUUCAUGGCAGAUCAGGAACAUCCUGGUGCCUAGCGCCGCCGAUAAGAAGAAGGAGUGGGCCAAAUGCAAGGUUGACAUAAAGGGCUGCUCCUCCAGCCAGCUAGUGACCUUACAACAUUUCAGGGAUGAGUUUCUGUCAGCGCUCCCUAAACCGGAGCAGUCUCCUAAGAUAGGCAUGUUCAUAGACUCGUGCUUCGCUCACUGUCAAUCUGGAGCCCAAGACUCGUGGAAUGCCGACGGUUCCCCUUCGAUUCAGAAGAUGAGAAUUGGCAAAGCUGUGGGGGACUGGUACUUCGACCGGGCUGUGUCUCAGCGGGUUGACUGCCCGUAUCCCUGCAACCCGUCCUGCAUUGACAAUGAAGAUGACUGA